AUGGCCGUCACAGCCAUGUCUCCGCCCCCACAGGCGGGCUCCGCAUCCACGGCGUCGUCCACGGCCUCGGCAGCACACGCAGCCAACGGCUCGCUGCUGCCCAGAACGAAAAAUGGCUCCUCCAGACGGAUCGAGAUCGACAACCUUGUCGUUGAGUUCCAGAAGAAACUGGGCAAGAACUGGGACACCUACCAGGUCGCCGUGUCGAUGUUUCUUGUCGGCAAGCUCUCGCGUCGCGAGCUGAUGGAGGAGCUCGACAAAAUCCUGGAUAAAUCCACCUACAGGCUGCACAACCAGCUUCUGCUCACAAACCUGGCCAACUCGCUGAGAGACGAGCCGCUCGACGGAACGCUCUCGACGGGUUUUGGCAACCAGCAGCUCUCGAAAAAACGAAAAGCAGGCACCAAGUCGUCACAGUACGAGCUGCUGAAAAAAGACAUUCUCUCGCUGCCGAUCAGAGAGCGACGCCGGCUCAAGGGCAUCAAGCGCGAGGCUGGCAAGCGCGGCAUGAUAAACUCCACGAUCGCGCUCACCAGACAGGCGAUAGUGCCGCGCGUGCCCAUCGUCACCAACAACGAGUCUGCCGUCCAGGGCAACACCAGCCAGUGGGCCCAGGACGUCCUGGACGGCAUCCAGACACCGCUGUGCUCCGAAACGUACGAGUUGCCCGAUAAGACACAUCUGCGGUCACGUGUUCUGGGAAUCGCGCGGGAGCAUGGCUUAGUGGGCCCUGUGGGCGACAGCGUGCCGGACGUGCUGUCGGUCGGCCUGGAGUACCAUUUGAAGCGGCUGAUCGAGCGCGCGCUGGACAUGGUGCGCAUUCGCCAGAAAAAAACGCAGCACGACUCCAGAGGCCCUGUCACCAUGACCAUCGAGGACAUGUACGACACUCUGGAGACGGCUCCGCAUCUGGUGGAGCCCAGCGGCCCGCUGUUUGCUCUCAGCAGCAACCAGUUGAAGAACGAGGACGACGUGGCCCUGCUGGAGCAGCAGCGACAGUAUUUGCAACGCGGGCCGGGACAGAAGCUGUCCAAGAUCUCGUUCGUGCUGAAGCCGAAGAAGACAGAGCCGCAGCCGCCGCCCGCGUCGUCGUCGUCCACCAUCACGGCGCCAGCUUCGAUGCUGGCCGUGUCGCCGCUGCGUCCUGGAGAACAGGCCUCGAACGGAGCAGAAAAGCAGAAUAAAGCAGACACGCCAGACACACAGAACGGCAAGCAAAUCCCGCCGUCCUCCGCCGCAGCACUCACGCAGCCGAACUUGCAGCUGAGCGACCCGAACAUCGGCCGUCCCGACGAGCUCAAUUGGCUGAUCAAUGAUCUCUUGUGCAACAACUAA